AUGUCGUUACCGUCCGCAUCAUGGGAGAAGCGCAGAGCAGCGGGACGCACAACAGCCGGGAGUGACUGCAGCACAGUCUCAACGGGGCUGACGCCGCAGCUGCCGCCCAUUUCUUCGGCGACGCUCCAUGAGAAGCGGGCGAGCGCCUCACGCUGCAGUGCUGCUGGCAGUCGCAGCGACAGAAGCCACCAUCACCACCACCACCGCCAUCAGCAGCAGCAGCAGCAGCAGCAUCAUCACCAUCGGCGCGAGCGGCGGCUGCCGCAGAUCGACCAGGGGCGCCACCAGAAGCUGCACGGCCAAGAGCUUUGCCAGAACUGGGUCGUGUGCCACCGCGCAGAGCAGAGCGCCGCACGUGAUGUUGUUGAUGUUGCCCGCGAGCUCUUCUACGCCGUCAUUAUGCGCUACCACACCUUUAUCGCCGACAACGGCUACGACCAGCUUCGGCUGUUGGCGGUGAAGGCGGCGGUGAGCUGCUUCCUCCUCGAGGAGAUCGUCAAGGCGCUGCCGCGGCACAACAUCCUCGCGCCGUGCAUUGGGCUGCUGCUGCGCGCCGUCUACGUGCCCGAUACGGCGGUGGCGCGCGAGGCGCUGGGCGGAAGCGUCGCGUACCCACGCGUGCUCGACGACCUCCCGCUCGACUCCGCGUCACGGGCGCUGCUCUCACGCUACGCG